GCCACAGGCCUGGCCGAUCCCAAGCCGCCAGCCCUGACGUGGUUGUAUAGUGUGAACAUCACCUUUGCGGCGCCCAUUGAGAUUGGCGCCGUGCCGACGGGCAACCGGGCGAUUCUGACCAUCUCAGGGGGCAGUUUCGCCGGCCCCAAGAUUGCGGGCAAGGUGGGUAGCGGCAUCGACUGGGGUCUCACCGAUGCCAAGGGCACCUUCAGCCCCGACGCGCUGUACACGCUGUACACCAACGACAACGCCACCAUCCUGGUCUCGGAGAAGGGCCAUGCCCCCGGCGUCCAGAUCCUGUUCGAGACGGCCAGCCCCAAGUACGCAUACUUGAACACUGUCGUUGCCUACGCCACGGGUGGGCCCAGCGAGGCCGGUGUGUCGUUGGAUGUUUGGCAGGUGAGU